CCCACUUCAGCCACGAUGUGGGGGUUUAAUUACCACGGGCUUCGGAGUAAUUUGGGCUGCGGUCCCUCCGGGCCUCCUUUGUCUACAAAAACCCUGAGCCAAAGGCUCUUGACUCCGAACGCGGGAGGUCGGAAGCCCCGCCCACGAGGAGGCCCCGCCCACUCACGUAGGCCCCCGCCCACCGGACUCACGCAGUCCCGCCUCCUACAGGAGGGAGUCCGCGCCAUGGCCGCCGCGGGGUUUGUAGGUCGCGCGCCGGCUACAGCGUGGAGAACGGCAAGAUCCCCCCUUCUGUGUCAUUCUUUGAGGAAAACAAGUUCUUCUCAAGGAGAAAAGUCUGAGCCCACCAAACAACCCCUAAAGAAGCCAAACUUACCACAAGGCCGUUUUGAUGCACCAGAAGAUGAUACCCAUUUAGAGAAAGAACCACUGACCAGAUUUCCAGAUGACGUUAAUCCUGUGACCGAAGAAAGAGGUGGACCCAGGGGCCCAGAACCUACCCGAUAUGGAGACUGGGAACGAAAAGGACGCUGUAUUGAUUUUUAAGCCGCAUAUUCUUUAAUCUCUAUCUUUUUCUGAAUACACACAUCUGAAUUAAUUUAUUUCUGCUGCAUAUCCUUUAAUAUUCUAAUUUCUAUAAUGUAUUUAAAAGUACACUAGUACAUGAUGGCUUUGGAAGAAAAUAUGCUGCCAUAAGUUAGGAAACGGAAAAUAUUUCUGCAUUAACAUAUUAAUUUUAACUUAAAUGUAUUGGAAUAUAUAAGUGAUGAUUAGAAUUGUACACUUCUUUCAUCAUGUCUUAGUUUAAUCAGCCGCUUAUAAAAUGCAAAUGUAAAUAAAGCAACUUUU